ACGUCACGGAGGACAACAAGGUUUUCCUUUUCACACCGUCGUAUCCAUGCCUAAUUAUUUUCUUGCUUAAGAAAAUCGCUAUCAACGAUAUUUCGUUAUUUACAACCUUAGAGCGCUUCUUUUGUGUCGAGUGGUGUCAAGCUUUUGCAGAAUGGUCGCCGUUAUCGAGGAAAUGUAGCCUUGCAAGUGCUGUUUGCUAACUGGUUAGCCCAGGCUAGCCGCCUCAGCAGCACUAACGGUCCCAGUUACACAGUCAGUCUGACAGAUACGGCUAACAAAGCAAGCUAAUUACAGCAGCUGUAAAACACAGCCGUUUUCCUGAUGCAUUUAAUUUAUUCUCCGAGAAUGUACGAGAGUUCUGCGAGCUCACAUGUGGACCUGCACCGCCACUGUCUGACUGUCAGACCUCAGCAGAGACUGUGAUGAUGGACAAGGCUGCACUUCAGUGUGUCUCUACCAGGCCGCAGAGCAGAGAGAUAUAGGAGAUACAUACGAACACAGCGCCUACAGCUGUAUUAGUCAUUAUUACUAAAUCGCUUUUGGCACGGUUGUGUGAAAGGACUGCUAGAGACUCAGUAGGAUGUCGGAUGCUCUACUUCUCACCUUCCAGACCCAGCUCUCUGGGGUCAUGGAGACCAUCCUGAGGUCAGCUGUAUGUGAGAUCACCAGGCUAGUUGAGGGCAGCUUCUUGGAGGAGGUCGGUCGUGGGAAACGUGAAGCAGACGUUUUGAGACGAAGGCUACAGAUCCUGGAAAACAAACUUGGCGAGCGAGAAAGAGUUAAAAGGGUAAAGUGCGUGGAUUGUGGCAAAACUGGCUUCUCCAGGAAGGAAACGGAUAGUAGAGAAUCCAGGACACAAGCUGGUGUGGAGUUGGUUGGUGUUAUGAAGCAUGAAGGCUCUUCUGAUGGAGGCAGAAGCUGUGGGAAGGGCAGUGUAACACCAAGCCAGGAGGCAUCCUCAACAAUCCCAGACACUGAACUUAAGAUUGUUGAAGUCAGUGAAGCUAGAGUAGGAGGAGCCAUGAAAGAGGAGGUUGCAGAGUCUACAGACACGCAGAUCUACUCAACAGUACACAGUCACACAGCAGAUCACAGAGAGCCACAGAGCCAUAAUGUUGGAGAGACGUCAGGCCUCCAUACCUCACAGCCUGACCACAGAGUUCCUCAGAGGGACAAAUUUACUGGAAGCAAGUCUGGCAGCCCUGGUAUUCAAGAUUCUGUGAAAAAUAGGCCACAUUUAAAAAGGCCAGACUCUAAAACAGAUCAUGCUGAGCAGUCACCUCUCCCACAGCCAGGGCCUGCAGCUGUGCCAUCUUCUGAGUGUUCCACUGUGAAGCAGCUGGCAAAGAGUCCUAACUCUGUGCCCAUAAAACAGGAAGUUGUAGUGGUGCUUCCACCGGAAUGGGAAGAGGUGGAUAGGGUGAGAUCAGGGACUACCUCCGCCCCCAGCAGGGUAAAUCCGACACUGGAUAAACACCAACACGGAGAUCUUCCUCCCACCAGACCUCCAGUGGAAGGAAGUGUGGUGUAUCCUGGGCCUUGUGGUAAGGUGAGCAGCCCUGCCUCUCAGGUCACGCAGCAAAGGACACUAGUGAAAAAACCCACCAAACUAGUAGAACAUGCCAGCGUGCUGGCCUCUAAUCCUGGCACCGUGAAUAUAGCCAGGGGGCAACCAGUUCACAAGAGUCCAGCCUCUCUGCCUAAACCCUCUCAGGCACUUCAGCACUUCCAGAGAGCUUACGCGGACGAGAGAAGCAUCAGUGCCUUGCAGUCUGGAAGAAAUCUCAUGCAGGCACUCAGCGCUAGGACUGGUGGUCAUAUUGGGCACCAUACGGUCAGGACACCACACAACUGCAGCCAGUGCGGUAAAGGCUUCUCUCACCUGUGCCACCUGAGGGCUCACCAACAGAUUCACACAGGAGAAAGACAAUUCUGCUGCAGUUUGUGUGGCCGCAGUUUCACCAAACUCAGCAACUUGAAGGCGCAUCGCAGGGUCCACACAGGUGAAAGACCCUAUAUCUGCUUGGCCUGUGGCAAAAGGUUCACACAGAAAUGCAAUCUAAAAAGACACCAGAGAAUUCACUCUGCCAAUCUGUGACUAGAGGCGUAGAUUUAGUAACAGUUAGAGUUAUGAUCUGUCUGGCUCAGUGAGGUAGAAAUUAAAGCGGUCUUAUGUGUUUACAGUGUUUGUUAACUAUUGUAUUUGUGCACCUGUUUGUUGUUUUGUAUAUGAGUGUAUGACCUUUCUGGCUAUUUAAGCAAUAUUGUGCUUAAAGACCUUGCAUAGCUGUAGUCUUUUUCAUAGUUGUAUGCCAUGAAAUGGCAUCUGUAUGAAUUAUGAAUAAAGGACCUUUUUAACAUGCCAUGUAUAAUUGUUAGUU